AUGAAUAAGUCUGAAAUAGUGAAUAGAGAAUAGAAUUUAGACAUUAAAAAAUUGUUAGAAUUAUUCAAGCAAUGCUAAUAAGAGUAAAGCUAAUUAAAGGAUAAGGAUAUAAUUUUAUUAGCAGGACCAACUGGAAGUGGAAAGAGUACUACUGCUAACUAUCUUUUAGGUUCUGAAAUGUUUAUUGAAAAUAUUGAAACAUGUAAAGUAGUAGAAGGUUAAACGUAUAAAAUUUAAACUUAAGUUUUUAAUUCAAAUGGAAAAUUUUCAAUUGGAUACUCUAAAUAGUCAGAGACUUCAACGCUAUAAAAAGCUUGUUUACAGGAAAAUUAUUUUUUGUGCGAUUCUCCUGGAUUUUUUGAUAAUCGUGGUGCUGAAAUUGAAAUUGCUAAUGCAUAAUCUUUAAAUUAAUUUAUGUAAAAUUGUAAAAGCAUGAAGAUGAUUAUCUUAGUAAGCUAUCAUGAAUUAGUGGCUCAAAGAGGAUAAUUAUUUGAAGACGUAUUUAAAUUAGUACAUAGAAUUCUUUAAAAGCCAGAAAAAGAAUAAUUUGAGAAGAUAAUAUUUCUAUUUACUAAGUUUCCUUAAGAUAAGAAUGUUGAUGCUAUUACUAAAGAGAUUUUAGAGUUUCAUGAUAAUGUUAUCAAAAAAGAAAAUAAUUACCAAUCAUAAAUAAUGAAAAGCUUUUUGAACGUUAUUUUACAAUAACUUAAUAACAAUAAAGAAAUAAUAAUUGUAAAUCCUAUUGAUAGAAACCAUCAGUUAUUAUGUUAAAAGAUCAUUAGCCAUAAAUCUUUCAGUAAUCCUGCUGAAGAAUUCUGUUUUAGUGUUUCAGAAAGCGCAAAAUAAAAAUUAUAAUUAUAUGUAGAGGAAACUAAAUAUAUAGUAAAAUCUUAAUAAUAAGGAAAUUUAUAUGGAAAUCAUGUAAAGAAUGGUUGA